AUGUUCGUCAUCUUUGGGAGCAGAGAAGACAAGCCUGUACAAUAUCCCACCAAUGACUCCGCCAAUCAAUGGGCCAACCCAAUAAACCUGUGGACAAAAAAAAAUCGGGUUUCGCAAAAGUAUCGGAACGGCGAUGAGGCGGAAAGGUUUUGCAUUCAGAGCAUGAUCCUCGAAAGGAAUAAUCCUUCUCCCAUACUCCUACGCAUGCUCCAGAGGGUGGAUUACAUCAUGGAUGACAUGCGAUCCUAUUCUAAACCUACUUGCAAAUAUGGAUAUGAAGGCAGGAUGAGACAUUGUCUUUGUUUCGGCGAUGAACGCUUACAAUAA